UCAUCAUCAUCAUCAUCAUCAUCAUCAUCAUCAUCACCAUCACCAUCGUCAGAAGGUAUAAUCCGCCUGUCCGCUGUUUUCCUCGCAUUUCAUUUCAUUUAGCCUUGCCUCGUUUGUCUGUGCAUGAUGAGUCCCUAUAAUAUAUUGGAGCUGUCCUAGCCCUUCACAGGCGAUGACGACGAAGCACUAAUUAUACGCAAAACCUGAUCACAAUCCCACUGUUGCUUCCUCCUUCCCCCCCUUCUUCCCACGUUGUACAAAUUGCCAUGUGUGGGUGAUGCUCAUGGGGAGGGGAGUAGAGAUGAAUUAAUUCUCCGAUUCGCUAAUGCUGGAUUCUCGUCUAUCUUGUCAAUUAGUCCCCCGCCAAUCAUGAUGCAAAUCCCCUCUCAACCGCUACCCACCGCCCUCGCGCCAGAGGCCGCACCCGACCUUCAGCAGAAUCGUGACGAGGAGCUGAGGGGUCAGAAUGGGGGCUCCGGGAGGAAGGAUUUUCCCUUGAAAUUUUGCACGGUUUGUGCUAGUAAUCAGAAUCGGUUUGUUCUCCAUUUUGCUUUUUCCCCCUUUAUCCGACCCCACGAGGGACCCCCCCCCCACUUGAUGAUUCCCAUGGAUGAAUGAAUCCCCAUUGCCAUGUAGAGCGGUGGUUGUCCUGCUGUGCAUCCCAAACCUCUCUCCCUCCCUCCCACGUGUUGUCCCGUGUGCGAAAAAAGGGCACACGGGGUGUCGGAUCGACCCUAGAUCCUGUACCAUAUUGUACCGAUAGCCCCAAGAAACCUCUCCGGUGACAAUAUCCCGGCAAUGGAUCGCUCGGGGCGAUAAGAGAAGAGAAAUCAUUCGCAACAUGCUCUGAUAGACAAGCUGAGAAAACCUUGCGUGCAAAAACAGUUCCAUGGAAGCCCACCUCGUUCUGUCACUGUCACAAUACCCUGUAAUCUCCUUUGGUACUGGCUCGGCCGUCCGUCUGCCGGGCCCAUCAAUCGACAAACCAAAUAUUUACUCCUUCAACAACACAACCUACGAUGAGAUGUACAGUUCCCUGAAAGAAAGGGACCCGAGACUCUACCAUGCGAACGGCCUCUUGGGCAUGCUGGAUCGCAACCGCAGAAUCAAGGGCUGUCCCGAGCGCUGGCAGGACUGGAAAAUCGGUGUUCCGAGGAAGGAUGGGGUUGAGGAUGGAGUUGUCGACGUGGUGGUUACUUGCGAAGAGCGGUGUUGGGACAUUGUUGUUGAUGGUACCCCCCCCCCCCCCACCCACACACACUCUCUCUCUCUCCUUUCCCCAUGCGAUCGUUAUGUAAAAACUAAUGCCCUUUUGUUUUCUACGCUUAGACCUGACAAACCGCAACUCUCCCCUCAACCGUCUAGUGCACAUCAUCAACGUCGAUAUAAAAGACAAUCACGAAGAAGCCCUCGUUGGUGGGAAAGGCAUUCUGGAACUCGCGAAUAUGCUAUCCGAGGCAGCUAGAGAGGAGCGGGAAAAGGCAGGCCCGAACUUUGUCCGUGAGACAGUCGAUGGGAGGGUUCCCGAUGUGCUGGAAAAAUGGCAGGAGAAGUUUCCAGGGCUGCCGGCCCUGUGGACUGUGGGGUAUUUCUGACCCGAUGGAGGGACCAGCGGCGGGACGACAAGAUGGGGAGUUUGGGUUUGGGUUUUUCUUUCUCUUUCCUUUCUGGCAUUUCAUGAAAUUAUGUGAUACGAAGUUGCGUGAGACCAGGAUGAAGUUUCAGAUGUAUGAUACGUAAGUGUGGUUCUGGUGCCAUGCUUACUAGGAUGGUUGGUUGCGCUGGUGGGGGAAGGUACGUUCGCAUUCGAGCUGAACGGAUUAGGUGUUCUAUGUCUUCACAGAUAAUUGAUAACACUUCUAUAGACAAAUUCCAUUUAUUUGUUUAUCAAUCUGUUUAUUAAUUAUUAGCCAUUCAAGCACCCGAUGUCUCCACGCACUUUAGUGCGCACACAGCGCAGCGUACACCCGCAGAACCCUUCCAUGUCACCUCAUUCAUGCUUCACCCCCUUGAGCAACCUAUGGAGAGCGCCCUUGACACGGCCAACCAUUCUUGCAAUUCCACGCUUUCUUUUCUCCUUCAUUGGCGUCUCUGUCUCCGCCCCGCCUUUGCUCCCCCCAGCGGGAGGGGUGGAGGGAUCCCUCUUGACGGGGUCGGGCCCACCUGCGGCGCUGGCGGGCGGGGUGGGACUACUGCGCCCGGAAACCGGAGUCAAGGGGCGUAUGAGGGGUGGGAUGAAGCGGGGGGAAAGUAUGUGACGGCUGUGGGGCUGGGGCUGGAGUGGUUGAGGGGAUCUAGGUUCAUCUUCCCAGAUGGUGAACGGUGUCGGCACGAAGACUUCUCGGCGGGUGAUUGA